AUGGGAGCGCCGCACUGCGCCUCCCCGCUCCUCGCUGAGGACGACUCACCCACCCACCGCGAGCCGAUGGUGUCAGCGCCCUGGCGGCGGCCCGAGGUGGCAGUGGCGCUGGUAUUCUCGCUGUGCGUGGUGCUCACCCUCCUUGGGCGCAGCCUGACGGGCCACGCCUGGCAGACCCAGCGCACCAGUGCGUCGGCAGCGGCGGUGGGGGCUACGCAGCGCCAGCAACAGCAGCGCCCAGCCGGCUUGCCGGCGCCGCAGGCAGCAGCCAGUAAGGUCGGCGUGGUGGGCAGCAUCGAGGAGUGGCAGCAAUCGCCGGGCAGCGUGUACCGCACGCCGCAGUCUGCCUGCUCGCUGCACCCCGAUGGGGUGGUUGCCCCCGCCCCCCGCCCGCCACCCGCCGCCCCGCCCUUCCUGUUUGACCUGCGGCAGGAGGUGCUGCCCUCCAAGCGCCGCACCUGCUCUCACUGCCCCACAGCCGACGACGGCUGCACGCUGGAGGCGCUGCCCCAGCUCUGCUGCGGGGUGUGCCAGUUUGAGCACCGCUUCUGCUACAGCCACUACCCUGGGCGCAACCUGUCGGAGCAGGCGGCGGCGCAGUUUGCGGCGGCAGGCCACCGUCUGCAGGCGAGGCGGGGCCUGGACUUCUCCCCAUGCGAGCUGUUCCAGCGCAUACGCGGCCGCACGCUGUGGCUGCUGGGCGACUCCCAGACCUGGCACUUUUAUUAUGCGCUGGAGUGCUUCCUGCGAGAGUUUGCGCCCUCCCUGCGCCGCACGGACCCGCUGCCCAGCCGCCGCCUCGUCGACCUGCUGACCCUGGCUGAGCUGAAGCGCUGCUACAAGCCCUACCCCGUGCCGCCGGUGUGCCUGGAGCUGGCGCAGGGGACGCGGGUGUGCGUGGUGCGGGUGGACUAUGCCCGGGAGCUGCAGGAGGUGGUGCUGCCCACCCUGCGCCAGCACUCCCCAGGCUUCCAGCAAGACCUGGUGGUCAUGAAUGCGGGGCUGCACUAUUACGAGGAUGUGAUGUGCACCGACGACGACUGCCAGGUGCUGGGCCCUGACUCCAAGUACGUGCGAGAGCUGCGGCGCCUGGCGCGCUGGCGCGCCCGCAACCGUGCCAGCCUGCCGCAGACGGUGUGGAUGGACACCCCGCCGCAGCACUUCCCCGGUACCGGCUACUGGACGGGCAGCUUCCGGGCCAAGUCGUGCGAGCCGCUGGCGGCGUGGCAGCGCGGCGAGGCGACGGCGCGGGCGGGCGGCACGUGGAACGCCGCCGCCGCGCGCCUGGUGCCGCGCCUGGCGGACGCGCACCUGGCGACCUGGGAGGCCAGCGUGGGGCUCUGGGACUCGCACAUGCCGGGGGAGUGCACGCACUGGUGCCAGCCUGGCGCCUACCAGAUCUGGCUCUACCUGCUCAACGGCGUGCUGCGGGACCACGCCCUGGGCAACCCCGCCGCCGUGCAGCAGCAGCGGCAGCGGCAGUGA